AAAAACCUAAUUUUAAACCACCAACGACCUUUAAAAAGCCACUUGAAGGAGCCGUUACAAAGACGACCUUCUCUAUUACUACUACUGCCAUACUCAGCCAUGCUGUUUCCCCUUCAUAUGUAGACUCGAAUAUCUCCUAUAAGAAGGUAAAAUGUCAGUCCUUGACUUCUGUACUGAAUUUCCCUGGCUGAUUCCGUCCUUGAAUUCCAAACCGCCUCGGUAUUUCCACGGUUUAAUCGACAUUGCUGGCACCUAUUAUGAGAUUAGUUUGAAAAUACCAAAGUUCCCGUCUACGAGAGGCAUGAAACUGAGCACAAGUCUUGGUUUGUCGUGCCUUGUCGAAAGAUGCCGCCCUCAGCUUUCUACGAUUGAACAAGAAUGUUCCACGAUUCUUGAAUAUAUGAGAAAGUUCCAGACGGUAUGUACAUCAGCACAUUCAAAACAAGAUUCCUUCAGAGAAAUUCCUCUACCUCCAGCAUCCUUUUUCAAGUCCAUUCUCUCACAACUAGAAGACAUUGGAUGGCGCAAGGUUUACGAAAUCCCACCAGAUUUCACCUACAUCACUUUACAAGAAAGUGAUAUUAAGGGACGUCUUCAUAAAAUCAAGGUUGGAAUACCCCAGGGCUACCCUGAGGAAGAACCUACUGUAGAUGUAGAUUUACCCAGAGAGUUCCAGUUCUCUUGGAACAGUGUCGGAGGACUUCCUUUGAUAUUUGCUGCGUUCAAGGAUCAACUAUCAAGCGUACAGCAGUUUUGGGACGUUUUAGACGAUUUGGACGAGACAGUGGUUGUGCUUGACCCACAAAAUCCUGAAAGACGACACAAAACACGUCGCAUUUUCCUAAGUAAUCACGUGAGUGUACAGUUAACGAUAUCGGUGGAGCACCCUCGUAAUCUACCCCAGUUUCACUUCUUUGGGCCUUCGUCGCUAACGACUCCUCUUAAUAAUUGCCUGACAGAAAAGUACCAGGACUGGGACCCAGAGCAAAGUAUCGUGAAUAACAUCGAGAGGAUUCUUGCCGUUGAAGUGGUCAAGCGAUCAGCGCAGUCAGGAAGUGGCAAUGAAGAAUGGGGCGCAGAGUGUGCAGUUUGCUACUCUCUUCUUCUCGAUGGCUGCCACCCCGAUCUCACCUGUGACCACUGCAGUCAGUCGUUUCAUUUGAAUUGCUUGUACGAGUGGCUUCAUGGGCUUCCGAAUAGCAGACAAAGCAUGAAGUUCAUUUUCGGAGACUGUCCAUACUGUUCAAGGCUGAUAUCUUGCAAAGUUCCUGCAUAGCCCAUAGGAGGAGGGACUGGACCCAAAACAAAGAUCUCAGGUUGUCUGCAUUUUGUAAAAUACUAAAGUUUUUAUACAAUAUUGUACCUGACACGGCUCGAACAGAGUACGGCCUCUGUAAUGUUUAUAUGAAAACUUCAUGCAUCUUUUUUUUUCUUUAUUCAUUUUUCACAACUACAAUAUUUCAGUAUUUUUCUAAUAAACUUGUAAAAAUUCAAAAUAAAGAACUGAAUAACCAAACACAAGUGUUUUUCCCAUU